AUGCCACCAGGUGUUGAUCCUGCCCCACAGAUGCCACCAGGUGUUGAUCCUGCCCCACAGAUGCCACCAGGUGUUGAUCCUGCCCCACAGAUGCCACCAGGUGUUGAUCCUGCCCCACAGAUGCCACCAGGUGUUCAUCCUGCCCCACAGAUGCCACCAGGUGUUGAUCCUGCCCCACAGAUGCCACCAGGUGUUGAUCCUGCCCCACAGAUGCCACCAGGUGUUGAUCCUGCCCCACAGAUGCCACCAGGUGUUGAUCCUGCCCCACAGAUGCCACCAGGUGUUGAUCCUGCCCCACAGAUGCCACCAGGUGUUGAUCCUGCCCCACAGAUGCCACCAGGUGUUGAUCCUGCCCCACAGAUGCCACCAGGUGUUGAUCCUGCCCCACAGAUGCCACCAGGUGUUCAUCCUGCCCCACAGAUACCACCAGGUGUUGAUCCUGCCCCACAGAUGCCACCAGGUGUUGAUCCUGCCCCCACCAGAAGCCACCACCAGGUGUUGAUCCUGCCCCACAGAUGCCACCAGGUGUUGAUCCUGCCCCACAGAUGCCACCAGGUGUUGAUCCUGCCCCACAGAUGCCACCAGGUGUUGAUCCUGCCCCACAGAUGCCACCAGGUGUUGAUCCUGCCCCACAGAUGCCACCAGGUGUUGAUCCUGCCCCACAGAUUCCACCAGGUGUUCAUCCUGCCCCACAGAUUCCACCAGGUGUUCAUCCUGCCCCACAGAUACCACCAACACUUGCAAACACAUGAAAAUAUCUGCAGCACACUUUCAUACAGCGAUUUUUUUAAACGCGUGUACAUAUUGUUGCUUCCAAGAAUAGGGAACGUGUUGUAG